AUGGAAAAGGUCAUUCACGACUUCUACUCGGAUCUCUUUGACAGCCAUGUCCACUUGCCUCCUCACCAUCUGAGGGAAGGACAUGUCAUUCCAAAGGUCCUCACUUCCGAAGUUCGACAUGUCAUCAUAUCGGUGAAAAAUAGUACUUCACAAGUUCGCGACAGAAUCAAGCCUGAACAUCUGGAGUACCUACCGCCAGUCCUCAUCAACACACUGGUAAAGCUCUUGACUCGUUAUCUGCCGGAAUGCAAGGUUCCUAAGCAAUGGAAAACUAGCAAGACCGUGCUGUUGUAUAUGGAGGGAGACCCAUAA